CCAUCUUCCUCGUUGCUCUAAACAAAUAAAUCUCUCUCUUUUCCCUCUUCUUCCUCCGUCUCUAUAUUUGCGAGGCGCAGUGUGUACAAGAGAGAUUUGACUCUCUUGACAAGUCGUUAGUACAUUAAGGUCGGGCUGUCAAGUUUUGGCAGCCCGAGUUACCAGAAGCUUCCAGGACUCGUUUUCCAUUGGUAUGCUAGUUUUGGACUGUGUUGAAUUUAGAUUGUGGCCAUCAUGGGUUCUCUGUCUGGCAUUAUUCAACGGCCACUUGUUGCCGCUGCUGCUGUUAUCGCCGCUUCUGUGUCCGCAGAUGUCUCUGAGAAGUUCUCUUCUCUUAGAUCACUAGUUCGAGGUUCUGAAUCGGAUCAGAUUGCUGCUUCAGUGUCUGGUUCAGUUCAUGACGAAAGGUCCUUGUGGGUUUCUCAAAUCUCGGACUCCAAGCUCAAAGAUUUGACUUUUGUCUCCAGGAUUCGUCUUCCUGUACCAAAUGUUGAUCUCCUCCUAGCUCCUAAUCCGAGCUGCAAGCUUGCUCCUUCUGUCACUUCUCUGCCCGCUCUUCGCAGCGCUUAUCAGUCUGCAGAGUUAGCUAAGGCUUCAAAACCAGCGGCAUUCACAAUAGGAGCCUCUCUUGUGGCUCCUGACGUUUCAUACAAAUGGCAUUUGCCUGAGACUAGUGCACUUGAUCUGUCUGGUUCCUCGAGUUGUGCCUUGGAGAAGAAUAGGACCGUUGUGGUUUUGCUUGGAUGGCUUGGGUCGAAGCAAAAGCAUCUGAAGAAAUAUGCUGAUUGGUAUACUUCGAGGGGUUACCAUGUCAUCACGUUUACUCUCCCCAUGAACGAGAUUAUGAGCUACAAAGUUGGAGGAAAAGCUGAGAAGAACGUCGAAUCGCUGGUUAACCAUUUGGCUGAUUGGUUGGACGAAGAGGAGCAGCAACAGAAGAAUCUCGUGUUUCACACCUUCAGCAACACAGGAUGGUUAACAUAUGGAGCCAUUUUGGAAAAGUUUCAGAAGCAAGAUUCAUCAUUGAUGGGAAGGGUUAAAGGUUGCAUAGUGGACUCAGCUCCUGUUGCUGCUGCUGAUCCUACUGUAUGGGCAUCAGGGUUCUCAGCCGCCCUCUUGAAGAAAAACAGUGUAGCCACUAGAGGAUCUGCAAGCUCAUCAUGUGAGUCAAACAUUGGAGGUGUUAACUUCUCGGAGCCUAAGCCUGCUGUAACAGAAACAGCUUUGCUUUUGAUUCUUGAGAAGUUCUUCGGAGUGAUUCUUAACCUUCCCAAAGUAAACAGGAGACUCGCAGAUGUUGUAGAGACAUUAUCAUCAUCACAACCAAGAUGUCCACAGCUAUACAUUUACAGCUCUGCAGAUAGAGUAAUACCAGCGGGGCAAGUUGAAUCAUUCAUUGUAGAGCAGAGGAAAGCAGGGCACGAGGUCCGUGCCUGCAACUUCAUAUCUUCCCCUCAUGUAGACCAUUUCAGGAGUAACCCGGAACUCUAUACAGCUGAGCUCAACCAUUUCAUGGACAACUUUGUCCUUGCUUCCUGCAAUCAUUCUUCAUAGCCAGCUUCCACAAGUGUUUUUGCUGCUUUACUUUUUAACUCCAUACAGAGAAAGAAAGAAUACUACUUGAUGAUUCUUUUGGUUUGGAAUGGUGUAUAGAUUGAAUUAUUACAGUUAACAGAUUGUUUCUUCCCUUGUAAAUGGUUGAGGUUUGAACAUUUAGGAGAGACUGAAGAUUCAAGAAAGUGACUGUUAGGGUGUGGAGACGCAAAUUGUAAAGUAUCGUGCUCUUUGCGUAACUUUUAAGAAUUA